GGAGGAAACAAGGCACCUGAGGGUACCUUAUACGACGCUGCGAAGAUCGGUGAAAGCAAAAAGUUUCUGCUAUAGUGGUGAAUGACCGAUGAUGACUGAGUUACCAGUGUAACCAAGUAUACCGUCCUAUUGGCGGACGGGGGCUCUACUCGAAAAAUUACCGAUUUCGCCGAUUGUAAGUGCCAAUGGAAAUAGGCGAGGCUACUCCGACUGCAGGCUCGGCGUCGUCGCGUCGUCGUAGGUAAACUUGAACGCGUGACGCAGCACGUGACAAACAUAGAAUUUAUAUAUAUCCAUGUUCACCUACUACUACGACCGACAACUAAUCCAUGUAAGCGAGUUACGCGACGAUGACACCGAUGUGUGGGCGUUAAACGUCCUCUGAGAUGAAAAACCGGAUUGUUAGAAUCGAGAAAAUGUAUAUUUGGGAAUAAUAAUUAACGUACGACGAGGUCUCGAUUAAAAUCUGAUCGACUAACCGCAAGAGUUGUCUCAAUGACGAAGACUUCCUCUCAAUGGUCUAGACCGAGUUUUAACACUGACACAACAUUUAAAUUCGAAACGAAAGGAGCAACGUGUUCUCUUCUGUUCUAUACACAUGCAUCGAUUGGAGAUUAAACACGAAUAUACAUUCUGUUUCAUGUUCAACGAUUACUGUGCGGCAGUUCCUGAACGACGUAUACACGAGCGAUGAAUAAUGAGGAAAACAAGACAAGAUUUUCGGAUUCAAAUCUCGUCAUGAAUUACUCGAAUGACGAAAGUUGAGAAAGGCCAGUUCUUCGCAAAUAGCCGAAGGUGGUGUCAUCCUUCAAUUUUCGUUGCUACGAAGUACACGUGUACGAGCAGCUACGGUUAAUUAAACGCCCUAGGAGUUUUUUCUACUAAGUCUGCACCCAUUGUAAACGGGGUUGAUAACAUUCACCGUUCGCCUGCGGCCAGAUAUACGUCGUCACCAAUCGGAACGAUCGAUUGACGAACAUCAUUUGGGAUCCCAAACUUACAAGCCCCUCAGGGUGUGAGGGACUGACCUCGAUAAGACGAUUUCCAGGGCUCGUUUCAGACGCGGAUCUGCAUUCAUAUUUCUUUACGUGCUAAUAUGGAUGGCAUUAAUGGAAAAGUGAUGAAAGUUUUCGGGGAGAAAAAAUAUCCAGAUCUGCACGCACCGCACCAAUUACAGUAUCGGAAACGAUAGCAAAAAUGCCGACACGGAAGAUUAGAGUCGACUUAUGGCCCUCAAGCGCAUGGGCAUUGUGAACAAUUAUGAAAAAAUUCGGGAUUUGACUGUGGCCGUUGUAGGAGUUGGAGGUGUAGGGAGUGUAACAGCAGAAAUGCUUACACGAUGUGGUAUUGGGAAGCUAGUCCUAUUUGAUUAUGACAAAGUUGAACUAGCGAAUAUGAAUAGGCUAUUUUUUCAACCACAUCAAGCUGGUUUGAGUAAAGUUGAUGCAGCUGCAAAAACAUUGCAAGCUAUAAACCCAGAUGUUGAAAUUGAGACUCACAACUAUAACAUCACUACCGUUGACAAUUUUCAACACUUCAUGGAUACUAUCAGUACCUCAAGCCUGAAAAAUGGAGCAGUCGAUCUGGUCCUCAGCUGUGUUGAUAACUUUGAGGCACGAAUGGCAAUAAAUACAGCAUGCAACGAACUCAAUCAAAAAUGGUUUGAAAGUGGUGUAUCAGAAAAUGCUGUCUCAGGACAUAUUCAAUUUAUAAUACCUGGGGAGUCUGCCUGCUUUGGUUGUGCCCCUCCACUAGUUGUGGCUGCCAAUAUAGAUGAGAAGACUUUAAAACGGGAUGGAGUCUGUGCAGCGUCUUUGCCUACAACAAUGGGAAUAGUUGCUGGCUUCCUAGUUCAAAAUACUUUGAAAUAUUUAUUGAACUUUGGUACUACUUCUUUUUAUCUGGGCUACAACGCCAUGUCAGAUUUUUUCCCAACAUUGGCAUUGAAACCCAAUCCGCACUGCGAUGAUAGAUACUGUCGUCAAAGGCAACAAGAAUUUCGAGCAAAACCUAAAGAAAUUGUUGUAGAAAAAGUAGAGGUAGAUGACACACCCUUGCACGAAGAUAACGAAUGGGGUAUAUCGCUCAUCGAUGAAACAGUGCCAGAUGUAACAGAAGACACAUUGAUAAGAACAGAUGUUGGAGUAAGGCAAGCCUAUUCCUUGCCAGUACGAACCAAUGAAACAGAACCUGCAACCACAGUAAGUGAAUCUAGUGGUCCGAGUCUUGAAGAACUAAUGGCACAGAUGAAGUCGAUUUGAGUUCAUUAAAUUAUUGGGAUGAUUGAUUCGUCAUUUGGAAUCAUUCAAGAGAAUUUUAUAUUAUGGUGAACAAUGAUUUUGCAGGCGUUAGUUUCUGUACAGAUGUUCAAGUUUUUAUUAUGAAAAUUAUCAUUGUAUACAAUUGACUUAUACAUCAAAUCUUUCAUAGCAGA